CGAGCUGGUGGCCAUGGAAGUGACUUCCCCCCCUCCCAUCCCGAAAAAAAGCUCCGCUCAGCUGGACCCGCCCCCGCCCCGGAUCGGGACCAAACUGUCCCCGGAGCCGCCCGGGAGCAAACCGGAGCCUCCGGACGCCAAAGCCCAGAGCCUGACGACGUGCGAGGUGUGCGGCGCCUGCUUCGAGACGCGCAAGGGGCUGUCGAGCCACGCGCGCUCCCACCUGCGCCAGCUGGGCGUGGCCGAGUCGGAGAGCAGCGGGGCCCCCAUCGACCUCCUCUACGAGCUCGUCCGCCACAAGGGCAAGAGCCUGACGACGUGCGAGGUGUGCGGCGCCUGCUUCGAGACGCGCAAGGGGCUGUCGAGCCACGCGCGCUCCCACCUGCGCCAGCUGGGCGUGGCCGAGUCGGAGAGCAGCGGGGCCCCCAUCGACCUCCUCUACGAGCUCGUCCGCCACAAGGGCAAGGCCGACGGGGCCGCCCUCGUCCCGCCCCUGGCCAAGAAAUCGGCCUCCCCCAAGGACCCCGGGGCCGCCCCCCGGCCCGCGCUGCUGGCCCUGGCCAAGGCCGAGCGCCCGCCCGACGGCGCCGUCAACAAAGCCAUCAAAUCCCCGCCGGGCUUCGCCAAGGCCCUGGCCCAGCCGGGCUCCCCCGUGCUCAAGAAGGUGCCGCCGGCGCUCUCGGCCUCCCCGUCCCCCAAGAGCUCCGAGGAGAAGAGCUCCAAGCUGGCGCUCAGCCCGCUGCCGGCGUCGCCCAACUCCCAGUGGCCGCAGGAGGAGGACGGGCCCCUCAACUUGACGUCGGGGUCGGAGCCGGCGCGCGACAUCCGCUGCGAGUUCUGCGGGGAGUUCUUCGAGAACCGGAAAGGUCUGUCCAGCCACGCGCGCUCCCACCUGCGCCAGAUGGGGGUCACCGAGUGGUACGUCAACGGCUCCCCCAUCGACACCCUCCGAGAGAUCCUCAAGCGCCGCCGCCCCGGGAAUCCCGCCGGGAAUCCCGCCGGGACCCCCGCCGGCCCCAAGGCCGUGGCCAAGAGCCUCCUGGGCACGCUGGGACCGCUGGAGCCGCGCGGGCCGGCAGAGCUGCACAUUCCCGCCCUUGGGAAGAAGGUCCCACCACCCGGCAGCCCCCCGGGGCCGUCUCCCACCUCGUCCCCGCCUCCCACCGCCCGGAAGAUGUUUCCAGGCCUCUCUCCUCCCUCCUUGCAGAAGAAACUCAAACAAGACCAGCUGAGGGCCCUGGCGCUGACGCCCCUGGGAUCCAAAGCUCCCGGAGCCUUCCUGGCUCCCAAGCGGCCGCUUCCCGACGACCGGCUGGGCCCCCACGGGGAAUCCAAGCACAAGGCCUUCGGCCCCCCCGAGCUGCCCUUCAAGGCCAAGGCUCUGCACGACAAGGCCUCCUCGGAGGCGUGCUGCGAGCUGUGCGGGCUGUACUUCGAGAACCGCAAGGCCCUGGCGAGCCACGCCCGCGCCCACCUGCGCCAGUUCGGGGUCACCGAGUGGUGCGUGAACGGCUCCCCCAUCGAGACCCUGCGCGAGUGGAUCCGGCACCGCCCGCACAAGGCCGGUGCCUACCGGAGCUACAUCCAGGGGGGCCGGCCCUUCUCCAAGAAGUUCCGCAACUCGGGGCACGGCCGGGAGCACCGGGGCGGCCCCCUGGGGCUGCAGCCCGCGGGGGUGGCUUUCCUGGGCAAGGGGCUCCCCGGGGAGCUGCCCCACGGCGACCCCGCCAAGAUGCUGGACGGGGCGGGCGAGAGGGCCCUGAUCACGUCGCCGCUGUCGCUGGUCAAGCUGGAGGAGCACCAGCGCUCCAACAUCAGCAGUGAGUGCGGGGAGAGGAGGGGAUUCCGG